AUGUUACUUAUUCAUCGAGUCGUGGAUCACUACAGACCGCCUGUGCGAAGAGCCUUCGACCCCCACCUUAAGACAAUUUUUGUCCCUUUACACCCUCCGCAACUUCACCUUCUGCAAGUCCUCUUUCUCCUCUCCUCAAGAUGGCGGGGCUACCCCUCUCUGUUCUUCAGUCUUGCACAUACCACGCACGUGGCACAUUGUGCGCAAGUCACUUUGUUUCGAAUUACGCUGGCGAAUUUUGGGAUUGUUGCAGUCCUAACAACUCCUGAGUUUGAUUAUGUCGGCCAUCAGAAGAAUGCAGGUGUCACCAUGGUACCUAUUGAAUUAUCCGUGCUUCUCGUGAUAUAG